AUGGAAGAAUCAAUCGGCGACGGCGAUCACUUGAAAAUGGAUUUAAUGCCAACCACGUCUGCAGAUGAUAAUUCUCAUGAAGCAGACGUGGUGGCAGAUGAAUCUGUCAUCGAAGAAGAAAUUCAGCCUCCAAUUAAAAAACGUGUUACUGCAAUGAUGGUGACAAAUCAACCAGAGUUGCCGCGAUCGAUUGCUGAUCGAGAUCGAUUGCGAUCGAUCGAUCCGUUUUUGCUGAUCGUGAACGAUAGAUCAUCAACGCCCAAGAUCGAGAUCGAGAUCGAGAUCGAAAAUGAAUUGAUCAAUUUCGAUCAGCGUUCACAGCGCCAUCUAGGAGUCAGUAGUACAACUUCUUCCAUUUAUCUAGGAAGAAGCCAUGCCGCCUCUCAGUCAGUCACAAGUCGUCUGUUACAGUCAGGAACAGUUCACGAAUUUCACCCUUUCAGGCUUUUCAUUCCUUUGGUUAAUUUACUUGUUUCUUUGAUUAUGGCUGAGGCCGAAGCCGAAGCCAUACCGUCAUCGAGUAAAGAUGUCGAUGUCGAAGUUCAAACUCCCAGUUCUGGAAAUAAGAGUCAAGCUCGAGCUAAAGCAUCACCAUAUGUUGUAUUUGUGCCCUCAAAAUUUUUUAAAAAAAUAACUUCAAAUGAAAAAAGCACAGUAUACAAAUGUUUACUCGGAUGUCCCUCAACAAGAACCACUACAGUCUUCCACUCUUCAUUGAUGAAUGCACGAAGACAUAUCACUACUUAUCAUCGUGCCAGGUUAAGUGACUUCAAUGCAGCCUUUGCAGCUGGUAAAAGUGCAGCCAACGAUAAAACAUCUCCAUGUCAAAGUAUGGAUAAACACCUGGUUAAUCUAAAGGAGUCCACGACAAAUAAACAGGUCCUAACACAAGCAGAUCUUGACACCAAAAUAAUGAAAUUCAUUAUAAAAGACUCGCUUUCUAUAAGGGAAGUGGAGAGAGAAGGCUUUCGGGAUCUAAUGGGCAGCCUUGUAGGCAAAUUAGUUGUCAAGAAGAGGACAUAUUUCACUGAGCGUCUACAGACCGAAUAUUCAAAUACGAAGACAAAUUUAAUUCUUGCCCUAGAAUCAGCUCUUCAUGUUUCAACGACGGCCGAUUUGUGGUCAGGCCGUAGAAGAAGUUUCUUGGGGAUGACGGUGCAUUGGCUUGGAUCUGACUUGUCAAGAUGCAGUGCCUGUUUGGCUGUACGCCGUGUGAUUGGGUCUCACACCUUUGAUGUCAUAGCAAAAUUAAUUGACAGCAUUCAUAAAGAAUUUGGCAUUUCUUCUAAAGUCAAUUGCACAAUUACCGACAAUGGCAGUAACUUCUUGAAAGCUUUUAACGUCUUUGGACCCAACACAGCAACAUCAGAACCAGAAGAUGAAGAUGAAGAAGAUCUUGAAGACGACGACGAUUUUGAUUUAAUAGACAUUGGAGAGAUUUUUGAUCGUCAUUCACAGGAGUGUGCAGAUAAGGAAGCCACCACUUCAGAAGAAUCUGACGACGACAACAUCAAUGUGGCUGUUACCGAAAAAGAACGAAUCAAUUUCCCGCGACACAUGAGAUGCUCCUUUCACUUACUGAACUUAAUCGCGACUACUGACGUUAGCAAUAUCUCCAACGCUGCUUUCAAAAAAUUAAAGAGGCGCAUUGAAGCGAAACUUCAAGCAAUAUGGAACAAGCAAGCACGCAGCUCUUUGGCGUCGGAUUACAUCAAGAGUAAACUCGGUGUCCUUUUCGUCCUCUACAAUGUCACUAGGUGGAACUCGUUCUUCGACUCCGUUGAGUGCGUAACAAAGCUGAUAGGGUCGAAAAAUGAGGAGCUUGCAGAAGUUUUCCAUCACUUUAACAUUGCGCCUUUAACUAAAACUGAAGAAGAAUUUCUGAUUGAGUACGUAUGGAGCCUUUCACACAGGCGCUAG